AAACCGCUCGAUAGUUUAAAAGCGGCGGUUGUGUGAACACAUGGGCGAGAAUGUUCGCAUCAACGACUUUAAGACAAAUCAUGUCGUUUAUCGGUCUCUUUGUUAUAAUUUGCACAAUAAUAAUAUCCACGGCACAUAAAUUAAACGUACCUCGAGUUUUGUUACCUGUAUUCAAUAAUUUCGCUGUAAAUUUUACGCUAGAAGUGACGGACGAUGGCUGUUACAAAUGGUCAUCUUCACGUUCUGAUAUCAUACAAUUGAUUCCUGUGAAUGAAAAUUUUGAGAGGACAUGCUCAUCGGCGAUAUUAAUUCAAACAAUAACAAGAGAGUCAACGAGGAAUACUGCUAUUGUAUUAGCUGAGGAUAUUAACACUGGUUCCUUUUUACGAUGCGAUGUCAUAGUGGAUGCUAUCUUUUCCUUAAAUCUCAGUACUACUACAAGAAAACUAUAUAUUGAAGAUAUACCUGAAGCAUUUGAAGUACGAGCAUAUGAUGAACAAGGAAACCAGUUUACAACUCUAGCUGGCAUAGAAUUUCUGUGGGAAAUUGGUGAUGCUGAUAGACGCAUACCAUCUGAUACUAAACCUAUGAGUAAGGUAUUGCGCUUUAUGACUUAUGAGGAGUCGCAAUAUGAAAGACCUGCUAGUAUAGCUGCAUUGGAUAGUAUUGGCAAAAGGGGUCAUAUUGUUCUCAUAGAAGGUAUCAGGACUGGUACAGCUAAGGUAUCCGUCAGAUUGCCACACUCAGAAUAUAAACAUGUUCCAGCCAUAGAACUCGAGUUAAUUGUCAUUGCUAAUUUAAUCAUUAUACCACCGGAAAUAACAAUAAUGACGCACGACAGUUUCAAAUAUAAAAUAAUGCACACUCGUCAAGGGCGAUUGGAAGAAAUCAGCCUGCCUUCGAGCCAAUAUUAUCUGAAGGCUGAGAAUUCCGACAUACUAGAUAUCGAUAAUGAUUACGAUGUUGCGUAUGCGCGUAAAAUGGGACGUACGAAGGUGUUUUUGCACGACAAAAAUGUCCGUGAGGAGUAUUCGGUUAUUCUACCUUCCGCCACAGUUAACGUACACGAAGUGACCAAGAUUUCUCUUUCGGUUCUACCGAACAGAAAUUGGGGAUUGAUUUUAGGUCACACUCAUGAGAUUAUUGUCGAGUUAUAUGAUAGCAAAGACCAUAAAUUCUAUAUCGGGGAGGGUGUGGACGUCUUUAUGAAGAUAGACGAACAAUAUUUUGAGUCUAAAUUGGCAACACAAAAUGGCACUUAUAUUGUUGGAAUACCGAUUACCUGCGGAACGAUGACUGUAGAGGCGACAUUGCGCGGUAUAAUCGAUGAACACGGCAGGAAAAUCACGUCCAUGCCGCAACUUUUUACGACAGCUGAAUUACUAAUACAUGAGCCGGUCAAAGUUCAACCUCGUGUCUUGGCAAUCCCGUGGGAUGUUGCAAACAGAUCUAGAUUUGACAUAACAUUGAAGUCAACCGGUGGAGACAGCUCGUAUGUUUGGUCCAGCAGGCAACCAUCAAUAGUAGCAGUCUCUCAAAAUGGUGGUAUUAGGAUUCUGUCGCCAGGUUCGGCAGAGGUGGUCGUUGCAAUGGCUAGAAAUCAAUAUAACAAGGACACCGCGAAGAUCUACGUGUUGCCGCCCUCGAAGCUGAGGAUAAUCGAAUACAACAUGGAGGCGGCUGUGGGAGAACAGAUCUAUCUGCACAUCGCGUUGUUCGGCAAAUUGGUCAACGGCUCGGACGUCAAGGAGAUACCCUUCAGUGACUGCAAGGAUGUUCAUUUCGAUGUGCACAUACCGGACGGGAAUUUCGUGCAGGACUACAAUAAAGACGUCCAACCGGUUGGGGCCGCUUGCGCUGUGAUAAUCGUCACUAAUUAUUGCUGCAUCGGGAAAUCUGACAUCACCGUAGCUUACAAUCUGAACGAGAAUAAUGUCUAUCGAUAUCUAGUGGAUAACGUUACUGUCUCAGCGUACGAGCCGCUCAUGGCAAUACAUCCGGAGAGCAAAGAAACGUUACUCACGUUAGGUUCUUCGAGGAACGUGGUGUUCAAGGGCGGGCCGCUACCGUGGACCAACAGAUCUCGAGAUUACUCGCGGGAGAUACAUUUGUCUAACGAGGAGAUUGCUGAGGUAACAGAGUACGAAGAUCCGUCAAACGUUGGAUCGCUUGACUGGACGGUCUUUAGGGUGACUUGCAAGGCCUUAGGCAAAAGCACGCUGACAUACACGGUAUCGAACGUGCCGCUGUUUCCUAAUUGCAAACAUACUCACGCGUUAGAAACGAUUGAAGUCACUUGCGGCAAGCCAAGGUACAUGUAUCUGCAGCCCGAGUUCAAGGACAGCAAGAACUGUCCGAUCAGCCAAAACGCAGAUAAGAUAAUCGCGCACAGCGGCAAGCACCUGAAGAUCUCCGUAGUUGUUAAGGACGAGGACGGCAAGCGUUUCGACAAUUUCACGAGCCUGAACAUAGAAUGGCACUUGGAGCCAUCAGAUGGCGGCUUCGUGGAGGCGCCGUCUAUGACGAUAGAGGAGACUUACAUCGACAUGAAUGUGAUUUUGCCGAAAACUCAUUAUCAGAACAUCAUCUUCAAGAGAUACCACGGCACUCUCACAUUGUCUGCAACCGUCACCGGUUACCAAAAGCACAUCCUCAACAGAUUAAAGAUUACGCCUGAAUGGCCACCGUUCCCAAUCGAGAACAAUAAAGGCAUAUUGGAGACUCCAUUAAUAGAAGCUUCCUUAGAAGCGACUCUGGUAAACGACACUGUCGUCCAACCGGAUAAAUUGAUGAUCUUGAACGACCCGACGAGCAUAUCCUACUUGCAAGUCAGUCAAGGAUCUGGUUACUAUGAAUUCGUGCUGAGCUCUGAUGAGAUCGCGGACAUCCGAUAUUUGGACACGACUCGGACAGUCAGCGUGAUCCCGAGGAAGCCAGGUGUGCUGCGUAUGACAUUGGUGGAUUUAUGUCUGCCGUCCAAAUCGGCGGAAGUGCACGUGGAAGUGCAGCAGCUGGCGAUAAUCGAGGUGGAUACCGUGAGCAAAAUCGAAAGAGGUAAAUGCGUGACGGCCACGCUGAGGUUGUACGACACGAACGGUCAUCUGGUGAAGUUACCAUCGCAGAGCGCGUUGGACUUUCUUGCGGACAUCGACAACGACUACAUCGAGAUCAAGCGGCUGCCUGUAAACGAACAAGGCACCGCGCCAUACGAGAGGAUACUUUACAAGAUCCACGGUGUGUCGGAGGGUGAAAGUCGACUAACUUUCGUAAAAAAAGGCGGGAUACGGAGUGACCCGAUCACGUUGCAGGUGUUCUUGCCGCUACGGGUGCAACCGCGGAACCUGACGAUACUAAUCGGCACCAUCUAUCAAGUGCAGACUGUCGGCGGGCCGCCGAAUGCCGAGGUCGAGUUCUCGACUGAGAGCGGCAACGUGGUGCAUAUCGACCGCAGCGGUAUCUUUGAGGGCAGGUCGGCGGGUCAAACGAAGGUGCACGUACGAGCUGUCGGCUUCGACGCCAGGGGCAACAAGGUGGUUUACUCGCAGGAUCAUGCGGACAUACACGUACUACAUCUGGAGGACGUGAAGAUCUCGACUCCUGUGAGCAGAGUGAAAGCAGGUGCCACGUUCCCCAUCUGGGCAUUCGGCAUACCCGAUUAUCUCACGCCGCUCAUCAUCGGCUCUAUGCAACUACCGCUAAGUUUCAUAUGGUAUUCAAGCGAUUCCGGUUUGCUGACCCUGCACGACAUGUACGAGGGUACUGGGAUCAACAUCAGGUAUCAAAAUCAGGUGUCGCUGAGAGCGAAGGCGCUCAGUCCUGGUUUGGCGACGAUUUACUUGAACGUCACUAUGCCCUGCAACAUGCUGUCUGGCUGUAAGAACGACGUCACGUAUACCACGUUCGUGAAGAUCGAGAUCUUCGAGGAAUUGCGUCUGAUCAAUCCGGCGUCUUCGUGGGACGCUUCGCCGAUACUGAUGUCACCGAAUUCCGUCUUGCGAUUGCGGACGAAUCGGGAUAAAUAUGCCACAACCACUUACAGGAUCCUGUCGAGUAUGCACGGCAACGAGUCCGCGGAUUCACGCGCCUUGACGCCCGUCACGAAAGACGUGAGCGUCGAUAGGGACGGAGUCGUGAGGUCUGGUGAUAAUUUUGGUCAGACGAUCAUUUCCGUCAUAAGUACGGAAACGUACCACAAACAAACUCUGACGCUUGUUGUCGAGGUCAAACCUAUCCAUUACAUGAUGCUGUCUUUGAAAUCCAACUUGCGAAUACGGAAUGGCGAGGAACUGAACAUGCUGCCGAAGGGAAUGGAGUUGGAUUACAAUGUCGAAUAUUACGAUAAUGUUGGGAAUAAAUUUGACGCAGCUGAGACCAGCAUCAAAGCCAUGCUGAACCGUGUCGACUUAGCGUCGUUUAUCACAGGCUCAGAUAAUAUCAUCACCGCUAAGUUUUUGGAAAAUGGCGAGCUAGUUAUGAAGGCUUUCAACGAAAAGAACCCGAACGGAAUGUUCGAUUACGUUCACAUGAUGAUUGGCGAUAUCGUGUUUCCGACUAAGACCACUCUAACUGUCGGCGAUAUAGUGUGCUUCUCGAUGCCACUCCUUUCAUCUGACGGAGACCCAGGAUACUGGCAGUCUUCCGCGCCUGACAUAUUGCUGAUAGAUCCUAUUACAGGAAUUGGUCGCGCACGAAGCGCUGGACAUGCCAUUGUAAAACAUAGUCUUGCUACUCAAGUGCAAAGCGAGAUAGAAGUCGAUAUUCUGCCGAUUUCGCGGGUAUGCAUCGUUCCUUUGAGAGGAAGAAAUAUCACCGGCACGGAGACAUUUAGCGUGCCGCUGGUGCUGAAGAGCAAGGACGAAGAGAUCAAAGAAAAUAACGUCUUAGCGAGAGGCCUAGGUGGUUGUCGGACGUUAUCGUCGUUUGCACUGAAUGCGUUUCCCUAUACUUGUAACAUUCAGUUCGUAUCGUCGACUUCGUCACUCAAUGUAAAGGAUCUAUUUCUUGUGAAGCAACGAUUCGAUAUUGUAACAGGCUUCUAUUACUGCGACAUUAUACCGAUAACCUCUCCAUCUGUAACCACCAGCACAUUGGUAAGCCGCAUUCAAAUUAGUGCUCAGAGUCGUGACAUCGAGUCGACAGCUUUGGAGCUGACUUACUUGCCACCUAUGUAUGUCAACGUCAAGGAAAUUACGUUUGUCACCGGUCAAAGUCAAGGUACACCUGCUGCAACGUUCGAGGUGUAUGGACUGCCGGCGGUAUUAGAGCAUCUCACGAUCGACGUACCUGAGGGUAUAACCAUCACCUGGCAACAGUACAUUUCUCGAUCUGUGAUGCAGUAUAGACUGCGCUUGAUGCGUAGUCAAGAUGAAAUUCAGGGACAAAAAGUGUUUGUCGCGAAUGACUUGACUAAGCAAAACAUAUCUCUUUACAUACGUAUGUCGAGGUACAGCAAUUUCAUCCCUCUAUCCGGAAUACAAUGGGUGGAUUACAUGUAUUUCCACAGAUAUACACUAGGAACAUUUUCCGUUAUCGCGAUCACAAUUUUCUAUGUAUGGAAAAACAGGGUAGCGAACAUGAACUUGACUGUCAGAAACAGAGGCAUUUUCGCCGACAAGUCUCCGCUAAUGAUGAGGAAGAGCGGUAUUCCCUCUACAAGCACCUCAACUGCAUUCACCACAUCUAGCCCGCGAACUACGCACUCCACGCCGCCGAGUCCAUUUUCAGCGUUUGAACGCAGUCAGUUCGGCGAGAGAAGCGUCUAUGGUGAUCCACGUGGUUUCAGCACCAUACGGUAGAAGAGACAUGAUAGGGUAAAGUAGGAUUCAUAGAUGUCUGGACGAUCAACGAAGAUUCGUUAGGAUGACAUUCGUUACGAUAUUAAUGUUGAGAAAUUUUCGAGAAUUCAUUGUAGAUGUUUAAACAAACAUGACUUACUAUGACUGCUCGAACAAUUAGUGUGUAAGUUUAUACGGCAGCCUAAAAUAGAUUUAGUAACAACCGUAUUUAUUAAACUCUCGCAUCUAAUUGGUAUAUUCUUUUAGAUCUAGAAAUAUACUCUAAUCGGAUUCAAGAGUUCACUAACUAUGAUAGUUACUAAAUUGAUUUUAGGCUGCUGUUGUAACAGGCCUCAGUAUCUUCGUUUGACACAAUCAGUCAGAUAUGUACAUAUAUCGUUGUAUACAUUUUGUAGUGUUUAACAACGUUACAAUGUUUGAUUUUGUAUAAUUGUGUGAUGCGUGCAUAUUGUGUGCGUGUGUGUGCGUAUGUGUACAAACGAGAAAUACGAUUGCAUCGCGACUAGACUGGAUAUUAAUGAUAUUGCGAUUACAUACACUCUUUUAUCUUAAUUCAUUUCAG